UAUCACCUUAAUGAGUCAAUAAUCUACCCAAAAGGUUCAAUUAUCAUUAUCUACCAGAGAGAGUCAAUUAUCUACCUAAAAGAGUCGAGUAAUCCCCUUUUAGUUUCGUGGUAUGAUGAAUAGUGGAAGAUUUUAUGAAAAACAAAGUGCAAAUGGAGUCCUUGGAUUGCUAUAAAUAGGCAUAAUAUGAUAUUUUGUGUCUAUAAUAAAAGUUUCAUCGGUGUAAAAAUAGCAAUAGAAAAAAAAAGUUGUAACCUGAUUUACAAUUUUGAGAUACGCGACAUUGGCCCAGAAAGUAUAAGUAACGGUGCAACGUGUAAUGACUUGAUAAAUAUUUUUAAUGCUUAUAAAGUAGUAAAAUACGAUCGAAUUAAAUUCAUUUUUUUGAUUGUUAAUUUAUUACGUAAAAUAUUAAUAGGAAAAUGAAUUUCUAAGUUGGUAAUCCGUCAAGUCUAGUAACUUGUUGAACUUGUAUUCUUUAUUGUAUUCUUGCAGUACCUACAUAUUUUUUAAAGUAUUUAUUGUAGACCUAAUUAAACCAGAUAAAGUUGGAUUAAGUUAAAUCAAACAAAUUACAGCUACUUUUUUAUUAGGUAUUCUUUCAAAACUUCAAUUACUUUAUUGCCUUGUGAUACACACAUUGUUCUUAUUUUUUUUUCUCAGUUAACAAUUUUAUUUGAGCGCAAAAUAAACAAUCCAGCGCCGGUCGAAGAAUAUUGCGUAAAAGGCUUCGGCAAGGCAUUAAUUAAAUAAUAAUUCGUCUACAAUAAAACUCAAUUCGACCGGCGCUCCAAUAACGUAUCAUUAGACGUGAUUAAAAUGGAUUUGUCAGGUCCGGCAAUUUUCCUACAUUGAUCUCUAAUUAUUGGGUCGAAUUGAAUUUUGCAUACUCGCAUAUUCGCAUUAGAUAUUGGGCAAACUUCGUUAGAUCAGAACUACUAUCAUUACUUUGCUAUCUACAGGGUGUAGCAAAUUUAAUGUGCGCAGGGUGCCUUCCAUUAACAUCCCCAAAAUCUAGUAACAUUUUGUCGAUUUAGUAACAUCACCAGAAUCUAGUAACAUUUUGUCGAUGUAGUAAUGUUACCGGACGGAAAAUCCGUGGGUAUUUGAAAAAAUAUUUACACGUGAAUUCCUGACAAGUGACACAUUUUGAGUACGUAGGCAGGUACUUGAAAAUCCUAAUUAAUUGCCAAAAUCAGGUGAAUAUCUACGAGUUUCUGGCACUCGCGAUAUUAUUGCGAAUGAAAACUAAUUUUAAAAUUGUGGGUCGGGUAAUGAGUGAAAUGUUCCGAGCGUGAACGAAUUCGAUUUUCGUUGUAUACGAGGCGCAUCGAAAAACACACACCGCUGAGAAUACGAAAUGUUAUUGGGACGCCCUGUACAAUUUUUGUUCACUCGAUUUACACCGGUGGAAUGAGUGAUAACGUACAAAUUGAUCGAAGGCGUUAAAUUGGAACAAAUUGAUAAAUACAACUUAAUUGCUGAUGUUUAAUGGAGAUGUGACACUGAUUUUUUUAUUUCAAUUGCAAACGAUUAUUUAUUACUAGAUUAAAUAUUGAACUAAAGCACCCUUAUUAAUGUUAAAUAACUAUUUCUACUCGCAUUGAAUUGUAUAUCUUUUUAAGUAGAUUUUCUACAGGGUGGGUUAGUAAAAAAAAGAAAUCCGAAAGUAAACAUUCUAUAAUUACACUGGAAAAUAUUUUUUUUGUGAACUAACCUUAUUAUUUCCUGCGAAUUUGUAAUACACUAACAACUUAUACAAUGUUUAUUGUUACACCUACUCUAGGUGUUAUAGUUUACAUUCAUUCGUUUCACUCUCUAAAUAAUAUAGCAAAUAAAUCCUUUCCAUAUAUUAAUUGGAUUUACCGACUUUGGUAUUUUUUUCCAUUACCAGUAAGGAUAAAGUGAUAAAAAUAACCGGUAUACAUUAUAGAUACCGCAAACUGGGGGAUUUUUUAUAACAAAUGUAUAUUUAAUAUGGAAUUUAUUUACAUAAAUACUUUUACUUACUUCCUUACAAGAUAAAUCCGAAAUGUUUAAUAAUAUUCUCGAAUUAAUUUUGGAUGUUUAUUCUAAACGGGGUGAACUAGUUCAUGUAUAAUUUAUUCGUGUAUAAACUGAAAUAUUCAUGUAUUUAUAUCGCGGUUUGCUAAUUUAAUAUUUUUUCUACUUUCGCUAAUUCAAACGAAAUUUAUUCUAUCGCAAUAAAUUAAAAUUACUCACCGAAAAAACCCAAAUUAAAUGAGCUCGAAUAAGUUUUACUAACUUCAAGACAGUCUUUUGGUGCACCCUGUAUUAACAAAUCUAGUACAAUAAAAUCAAAUCAGCAUCCAAUGAAGUUCCAUUGGAUUACUAAUUGAAUUACUUCGGGCACAUAUGUCCGGAAAAUCCCAUUCGAUUUCCCUCGCGCUUCAUUUCCUCCGCUCGCCUGGCGUUUCCGAUAAGACCUUCUCCGGAGGUUCCUUCCUUCAGGAAAUCGUCCAGUGGCAAUUCGCCCUUCGAGCCACCAACAUGCUGGGAAAAACGCUGGACGUUUCCCUAGCAAAACGCGCCGGAAAAUACUUCAAUAAAAAGUUACUUUUCCUCUACAAGAGGGAAAUCAAAGUGUGCUUUUAUGCGGUAGUUUUCUGCUGCGUUUUGCACAGAAACGCGUAUUUGUUCUACCAUUCCGAGUGCGUGGUGGAAAUGCCUGUGGAUGCCAGUAAAGUGUUCAAAGAGCCGGAAAAUUGCGCUUUCUGCGAAAACAUCACAACAGUAGAAAAAAUUUCGCGAAUCUCACCGACAGAUUUCUACCAAAAAUACACCAAACGAGGCAAACCAGUUGUAAUAACAGACGCCACUCAAGACUGGCCGGCCAUCCAAUCCUUCACCUUCGACUUCUUCAAAACCCUCUACGAAUCGACGGACAACGCCGGCGAAAACUGCCAGUUCUUCCCCUAUCGCACGGAGUUCCGCUCGCUGGCGGAGGUCUUUCGCAUGCCCGCCGCCCGGGCUGCAUUGGCGCCGGGCGAGAGGCCGUGGUACGUGGGCUGGAACAACUGCCGGGACGAGGCCGGGCGGCUCCUGCGCCGGUACUACUCCGCGCCGUACUUCCUCGGCGACGCCUCGGAGGGCAUCCGCACGAGCUGGAUAUUCAUGGGCGGGCCCGGGCCCGGCGCCCAAAUGCACAUCGAUAACGUGCAUUAUCCGUCGUGGCAGGCGCAGCUGAGCGGCAGGAAGUUGUGGAAAUUGGCGCCUCCGUUGGAGUGCUGGAGCGUCUGCCAUGCAAUGGAAGUCGAAGUGGAAACGGGAGAAACCAUUGUAGUCGAUACCAACCGCUGGUACCACCAAACUAUCGUACUACCCGGCCGAAUAAGCAUCACCAUCGGCUCAGAAUUCGAUUAAUUUCAUCAGAAAAUCGAUUCGCACAGACUUUGAGAUUGUGUUAAAUUUCCA